CUUCAAUAGACAAGUUGUUAAAUCAUUGGGUCUUAUGAAACAACAAUGUGCUAUUCAAUUUUUAGGUCAGAGAUCUUUAGUUAGACUGUCGAAAAAUUCAAUUAUGAGCUCUUGUAAAACUUCACAAACGUUUAGCUUUAACUCUACACAUCUUUGAUGUGCUCAAAUGCGACCAAUUGAGGAUUAUAAUCUUUUCCUGCUGGAUCUGUGAGCCAGAUGACCAACAUUACGCCCCUUCACUUUGUCUACAAAAGCAAGGGGAAGAAUAUAUGUGUUCUCAUGCUGUUGUGUGUUCCCCUCUCUAUGAUGGACAUCCCUGGUCCUUGCAAACAUGCCGUAACCAUGGACCACCUGCUUCAACUAAAACAAAUGAUCACUAACCAGCUGCGGACCAGCUGUUCAAUCACAUACACGUUCAUUGAGAGGAAACACUUGAGUGUGGCGUGUUAUGUGAAAGCCACGCUGCCGAGGGUGCUUGAACUCUUAAAUGUCCACAUCAGAUACGUCCCGGGAUCAGAUAGUUCUCUGGCAGUGGUCUCCAUCCAAAACCUCAUUCUCAACAUCUACUCCCAACACUGUAUACCUUCACUAAAUGAGGAACUGGAGGAGAACCCUGUGGCAUUUGAGAGGCAGUACAAAGAGUCUCCUGUCCGGGCGCUUCUGAGAGUGGAAGAGGUUCUGUCCCUGUACCUGCACCUCAUCACGACCAGGAACACUACACUUAACUGGACCUGCGGGCAAGAGUAUAGCAGCGUCAUGCAUGACUACAGCAGCAUUAUACCCCCUACUGUUUCCAAGCCCACGUCUAGCACAGAGGCUGCGGUGGGUUUAUCCAGACAAGCUCCUCAGGGGUCCUUGAGUGAUGAUUUCUACAGGCUGGGCUUCAUUGUGGUCUCCAUCUGUGCAGGAUUGUUCAUCCUUCUCACUGUCUUCUGCCUCCUAAAGAGAAAGAAACUGCAACAUCAGCUUCAUAGAGCAAGAUUAUCAUCAGACUGGGGAUUACAAGUCGUGGAAAAUUUUGAAAUACAAGAGCAAGAAUGUCAGAUGUCAGAGCUUCAAAAGCGUUCCACCUCUCCACCGGCUUCCAACAGAGCUGAUGCUUCUUUCUGGAUACCAUAAACAUUAAAAACAGACUGUCUUACUCACUACAUCGCUACAUCAAUAUACAUUUGCAGGAAGGAAAUACUCACGAGCACUUUAUUAUGAACAAUAUACACCUAAAAAUAAAGGUGCCACAAAAUGACAACAUAGAAAAACACGUUCCGUAGAUCAGUUUGUCCGUUUAG